AUGUUUCGACCGGAGCAAAUGCGAACUCUGGCGAUACUCUCCGAUGCCGAUAAGGAAAAAUAUGAGAAAGGUCUUCGCACAUUGUACGAGGCGAUGGAGAAGAAUGGGCCCGAGACAUUAAGCCAUAAGAAUGCAAAGCAGAAGAUCCAGGAGUUUUCCCGCAUGGUGGUGGGAAAGAUGGCGGGCAUGAGACAAAGGGUACAACAACAACAACAACAACAACAACAACAACAGCAACAGCAACAACAAGGUGCCGGAGGCCAGCCCGGUCAGCCAGGUCAGUCAGUACAACCUGGAGCUGGACCCGGCCAGCCUUCAAACGCCGCCAUGGCUGCCCAGAGAGCCGUUAUGCCUCCCCAAAGACCAACAGGAAUGGCAGCCGGAGCAGUAAACUCAACGGCAGCAGCCAAUGGAGGUGGAGCUGCGGCGACGCAGCCAGGAGGACAGCCGCAAAAGAUCCCCGAGCAAAUUGUGCAGCACGUCAACACAUUUGAAAUACGUAUUCCUCCCGGCGUAACUAAGGAGCAGGCCCCCAGAUGGGUGAUAGAAAUGCGUGGCAAGUACACGCAAGCACUGGUUCGAAUGGACUCGAUGGGACGAAGGAUCAAACAGUGGGAUAGCAUGCUGAAAGACCGCGAGACGAAGGGCAAUCCUUAUCAGGGGGAUGAACUGAAGAAGCUCAUGAUGCAGAAAGAGACGGAUAUCAAGCAACACGCAGACGCCCUCAAGUUUGUCGACAACUUCCGUAAGCAACAGGAACAUAUCAAGCAAGGAGAGCAGCAGCAACAGCAGCAACUGAAGGCCGGCGGCCAAGGUGGAUCACAGCAACAGGGUGCGGCGGCGCCAGGUGGAGGGCAGAGUCAGCAAGUUCGACCCCAGGCGCCUCCAAACUCUGGCAAUUCCAUGCAGGCCGCGACGGCUUCUGUCAAUGCUGCCAUGGAUGCGGCCAAAAAUCAGCAAAUUGCAGCCGCAAAUCGUGCACAGCAGCAGCAGCAGCAGCAACAGCAACAGCAACAGCAACCACCGACUCCCACCACUCAGGCUGCUAUGGGACCUGCACAGACAAGUGCACGUUCUGCGCAGUCCCAGCCUGCGCCUGCCCCGCAACAGCAACAAUCUCAGGUCAAAAUCGAACCUGGUACCCAUCCCCAUCCGCCGCAGCCCCCUCCUGUCAAUACGGCACUCGCCGCAGCAACCAACGCGCACUUGCAAUCCGCAGGAACUCCCACCCAGACGUCAGCUCGCGUGCAAACACCCCAAACGGCCACUCCCGUCACGGGCCCCGCAAAACCGCUUUCGCAUCAAGCAGCGCUCACACUUGCGAACCACCGCCAAUCCACCGGUUCUUCGGCUCCGACCGCAAACCAGCCCGGCAGCGCAGGCGUAAUAACCACUCCCGGCUCUGGCCAAUUGAUGGGCAGCACACCACAAGGAGGCCACCCGCACGCGCACCCCCAGCCCGCUACAACAGCAGCCGCGACCGUCACCUCCAAGAUGCCCAUUCCCAAGAUGCUGCCCGAGGUCUCGACUCGGGUUCCCACCCCCGUGCAAUCCGCCGCUGCUGGUCGACCAACCUAUAGUCAGGGCACCGGCAUUCAGGGCGGAGUCAUCAACUCGCCUGCGAUUGCUAAGACCAACAAGUUCGAGUUCGAGGCCGAGGGCGAUCACGUGCUCAGCAAGAAGAAGUUGGAUGAGCUUGUUCGUCAGGUCUGUGGAGGAUGCCCUCCUGGACAGGACGGCAACUACCUGACACCCGAUGUUGAAGAGUCGGUCCUUAACGUCGCAGACAACUUUGUCGACAACGUGCUGCACACUGCCUGCCGUAUCGCAAAGGAGCGAGGUUCCAAGAUUCUUGAGAUUCGUGACAUUCAGCUGGUGCUCGAGCGUAUCUACAAUAUUCGUAUUCCUGGGUACACCUCUGAUGAGUUGCGCACCGUUCGCAAGGCUCAGCCGAGCCCAGCCUGGAUUGCAAAGAUGAGCGCUGUUCAGGCAGCCAAGGUCAUGCCUGGUAAGGACGACAAGUAG